AUGCUGGUCUUCUCGAAGGUUUUCUACGUGGUGACUCCCUUCCUUUGCCGCUUGGACUUGUCGUACAACCUGCUGGGCGAUGAGGGUGCCAAGCAGCUGGCCUCCUUGAUGGGUCCUGGUCCGCGUGCCUCCGCCCUCAGCUCUCUGCAGCUCCGCUCCAAUGACAUCGGCCCGGAGGGUGCUGAGGCGCUCUGUGGUGCGCUCAGGAAUACUCGAUCCCUGCGGCGUUUCGACAUCUCCAUGAACCCGCUUGGAAAGGAGGGUGGCCUCCUGGUGGUGUCUUUGCUCCAGAAAUCGCCCGAGCUACUCGAGCUCCUGAUGGGGGACACCAAAUCGGACAUUGAUGAUGUCCUUGUCGCCCUGGCAGCGGUUCUGAGAAGACACCCCUCGCAGCUGAAGGUGUUGGACGUUCAGAACCCGCGCAUUUUCACCCUGCAGGAAGACCACACAGUGCACCUGGGGAAAAUGCUGCGGAACAACACCACCAUCACUGAGCUCUACCUUGGGAAGCAAAGGAUGCGAGAUGACGGCGCUCGGCAGCUCGUGGACUUUUUGCUGGAGAACAAGGUGCUCCGCGUUCUCGAUCUUAGGUGCAAUGAGCUCGGCGCAGAAGCUGCGUACAGCCUGGGAACGCUUCUGGCGCAUGGUAGCGAACUGGUUUCCUUGAAUCUCUCCUGCAAUCGUAUCGGAGAGAAGGACAACGUAGAGGGCGCCAGAGCGAUUGCAGAGGGCCUUACCCACAACAGCAAGCUGCAGCACUUGGAUCUUAACCACAAUGAGCUUUGCUGCCAGGCCCUGAGUUUGUUGGGAGACUCGCUGCAGAAGAGCAACCUGGACUCUUUGCGCCUCUUCCACAACCACUGGGACCAACCUUCCUCCUACCUCUUCCACACCAUCCUCAACAGUCGCAUGAGAAGGCAGCAAUUGAAGGCCGAUUUUACCACCAGUGAGGUCGACCAGCACAUCCACAUUUGCAAAGUUGAGGUCAAGUGA